AUGGCUACGCAAUAUUCUUCCUCACAAGCAAAUGGCGCGUGGGAGAGAAAGCUUUGUGCUGCAGGAAGGGUGCAAUGGAGAAUGUUGUUUGAACCCUCUUUAACAUAUGUUGCCAACCAAAAAGCUAUAGAAGCACUUGAAAAGUACCAAGAUAAGAAGAGACCAGCAAUGGACCAAGUGGUGCCUAGCUUUCAGAAACUAGAGCAAAAGUUAGGAUUGCACAAUCAGUGCAUUCGUGGUAGCAUCUGA